AACGGUUGCUUCUCAGCUGGGCACCUUGCGCGUCUGGCAAAACUGGGUGCUCUGGCACCCCGACGCCGCCCGUGCAAGCAAGCACACGCGGACGCGUACACGCGCCCCAGCGCCCGCCCCCAGCGCCGCGGCCAUGGGUGCUGCCUAUGAAACGAACGAGGAUCUGUUCCCAUCGCUGCCCGGGCUCUGCCAGUCUGAGACCUCAGCUGACGAAAAUGCCAGCAAGGACCCCAUCUCCGAUCCUGAACAGGUCAUUGCCCACUGCUUCAAGCAGUUCAAGAAGGACUUCCACCUGCCUCGAAGCCGCCGGCGGAUCAUCAUCUUGCCUCAAAAAGAGGAUCCCAUACCCAUCCAUCCCACGCCCCAACCCCAGGCUCCCCUACAGCCCAUCUCCAGCUUCAAACCCCUGGAAGCUAGGGAUGUCCGAGAGCAGCCGGAAGACACAAAGACCUGGCUGAGCCAGAGGAUGAAGCUUCGUGAGGACCUAGAAACCUUCGGCAACUUAGAGAGGUGGCUGCAGAACAAGCCCAGUCUCACACCUUCAGAGGCCAGCGUCUUACAGAGGAUCCACAAGGAGCGCGAGGCCCAGCUGACUUCUGCCAGAGCCACCGAGAAGAAAAGCCCCCAGCCCCCCUGCCAACUGUCCCAGCUCCAACUGCCCAGGCCCUCCGCCCUGCCGGCCUUGUACUCCUACCUGCGUAGCCACAGGAUCAAGAUCCUGGGGAUGUUUAACAAGGUGGCCUGCGGUGAGAACCAGAGGAUCUCCAGGGAGGACUUCACUGAGGCUCUGAAGGCGGUCAGAGUCCCUCUGACAGACCGGGAGGUGGAGGAUAUUGUGAUCUAUCUCAGCUCUCUGGGGACGCACAGCAGCAUCACCCUGCAUGCCCUGACCAACACCUACAUACAGUGGUGUUUGGCUGAGCAGAGAAGCGCCCUGCCAACUGGAAGGGAGAAGUAUAGAUGUGCUGAGCACAGAGUUUCCCCACAGAGUGCAUCUCAGAAGCAGAAGGGCACUUUAGCCCCAGAGCCUCCGAGGAUGGAUCUACUGACUGUGCCCGUCGUCGAUACCCAGCUGGAGGCACGGCCCAUGACCCUGGAGGAGAUGGAGGACGUCGGCAAGCGGUGCAGAGAGAGGAGGCGGCAGAACAAGCUCAGGAUCCCCUCCAUCGAGUACACGGGGCAGUGCUGCCUGGUGUGCAGUGGGAAUAAGCGCAUUGACGACCACUGCCUCCCGUCCACCAUCCAGGGGGAGAUGAACGAGCUCAUCAACAAGUCCCGCAUGAACGACCUUCUCGUCUACCUGAAGUGCCAGGAGCUCUGUGGGUACUAUGGCCUCCCGGUGACAGAGGACACCCUCAUGAAAGCCCUGCUGUACCCAGGAGACAAGAUCCUUUUCCAGAAGGACCCGGUGUGCCUGAUCCGCCAGCCUGGAGGCUACUACUCGGACUUGAAGAGCUUCAGCCCAAAUCUGGGCCUGCGCAGGCCCCAGGGCCGCAGUGAGCCUGCGGCUAAGACGACUGACAAGAAAACGCCGACGAUAAUAAAGAGAAUGUACUUUAAGGGGUUUGAGCAAUUCAUCAGGAAGCUGAAGGCGAAAAAGCCCAGUGGUCGGCAGUGAACCUCCCCCAAUUACUUCUGGCCGGGUCACCUCCUGGACAAGCUGCAGCUCUACCUGCCGUCUGUGACUGUGGACCAGACUAGCCCCACGCCUGCUCGGCCGCCUACGACCCCAACCACUCCCGGCCCAUUAGGAACAAGAACUACGGAUGUGCAGUUUUUAAAGGUUCCUCUUUGCUGACUUCUGCCCUUUUGAAAUAAACCAAGUUGGAGUUUUUUCAUGUCACCUGUGAUCCAGCUGAUGUGAUUUCUUGCUCAGGAGCUGUGGCCAGAAGGGUGUUUGGAAAGCUGGGGUCCUGAGCCUGGGGGAAUAGAGC